AUGUGCAGGUUCGAAGGCCCCUACCCCAAGUGGGACCUAGUGUUUGAGGGCCCCUACCCCAAGUGGGACCUGGUGUACGCCCCCAUGCUGCUGGGCGGGCGUGCUGGUGGCUGGUUUGAGGGCCCCUACCCCAAGUGGGACCUGGUGUACGCCCCCAUGCUGCUGGGCGGGCGUGCUGGUGGCUGGUUUGAGGGCCCCUACCCCAAGUGGGACCUGGUGUACGCCCCCAUGCUGCUGGGCGGGCGUGCUGGUGGCUGGUUUGAGGGCCCCUACCCCAAGUGGGACCUGGUGUACGCCCCCAUGCUGCUGGGCGGGCGUGCUGGUGGCUGGUUUGAGGGCCCCUACCCCAAGUGGGACCUGGUGUACGCCCCCAUGCUGCUGGGCGGGCGUGCUGGUGUUGCUGGUGGCUGUGAUGCUCAGCAGCAGAUGGAGGAGGGGGUGCGGGAGAUGCAGCUGUGUACAGCGGCGUUGGAGAGAGCUGAGAAGUCCAAAAGUGAGACCGUGGCCAACACGUUGCAUGAGCUGCGCACGCCACUCAUUGGCGUGAUAGGCAUGAUAGAGGAGCUGCUAGAAGCGGGGCUGGAGGAGUGGCAGGUGGUGGACUUGAGGGAUGUGAGGGCGUGUGCGGUGGAGACGAUUGAGCUUAUCAACCGCGUGUUGGACCUCGCUAAGCAUGAUAGAGGAGCUGCUAGAGUCGCAACUGGAAGAGACAAUAGACCUCAUCAACCAAGUGUGUUGGACCCUUUAACCCCUACAGGCAUGAUAGAAGAAUUGCUGGAGUCAAGUUUGGAAGAGUGGCAGUGUGAGGACCUAAGGAUUGCGAGGGCGUGUGCGGGUGAGACGGUGGAGCUUAUCAACCGAGUGUUGGACCUCGCCAAGCUGCAGGCGGGACGGCUGCAGCUCGAGACUCUCCCGUGCUGCCUGCGCCGCAUUGUGCACGAGGCAACUUCAGCCACUUCUGCCACUUCAGCAGUUGAUGAACCGAUAGCACCGGGAAAGAAUCUGCAAGUGACAUGCCACGUGGAAGAGAGUGUGCCGGAUGUCCUCAUGGGGGAUCCUACUCGCGUGGCGCAAGUCAUUGAAGAGCUCACAGCCCACGCCGUGAGCAACGCUACUGGUGGCCAAGUGUCCUUCCAAGUCUGCUGCAUCCCUCCCCCGCCUGCCCCACACGCCUCAAGAAGCCGCUUCUACCUCCCCUGCGCAUCUGCUAGUGCCGACGUUUCCCCUGUCCCACCACCUCCUCACGCCUCCUCCCAUGCCUCUCACCACCUCCCUUCGGGCUCCCCCGCGUGGCGCCAGCUGGCGGCUUGUGUGCGCCGCUUCCCCCCUGCCACCCAUCUGGCACGCCUCCCUCAGCGCCGCGUUGCCAGAAGCAGCGGCGCCGAGCAGGCAGGGGGCUCUUCUGAGGCCUCUCAAGAGUCGCCCCUCACCCAGCUCUCGCGUUUCCUCCAACGCCUAGGGGCUUCAGUAAUGGGAGGUUCAGGCAUGGGGGGUUCGAAUGGAUCGAGUGUGGGGAAGGAGGGCGAGGCAGGCGAGGAGGCAGACGGUGGGAGUGGGCAUGGGCGGUUGGAGGAGGAGGCGAGGGAGUGGGUGGAGGGGGCGUGUGGGGCAAGAGAGGAGGGCGAGUGGAUGGUGGUGAUGGCGUGUGAAGACUCGGGUGGUGGUAUUCCACCCGAGGAGCUGCGGUGGGUGCUAGAUCCACACGGAGACUCCCACCAUGCUGCUGCAGCACACUCCUCUCACGGAAUCUCUCAUGCUGAUGGUGGCAGCGAUGGUGAUAAUGAGGAUGGCCAAAGUAUCAAGGAUUCCUUCUUCCCCCUCCCCUUCAUGCGCCGGGGCACAAGGCCAGCAUCCACAGCUGCUCUCACGCACGAGCAGCGGUCCGCUGCUCGUCCCCGCUGGACGCCCUACCCUGUUCGCUUUCUGCUCUCCACCGCUCUUGUGGCUGAGAUGAGGGGAGACAUGGCAGUGCUGUCAGACGCUGCCACAGGCACCACCAUUCUGCUGGCGCUGCCCUUGGGGAGAGGGGAGGACAGCGACAGCUGUGAGGAUUGGGGGGAAGAUGAGGAGAGUGGUGGUGAAAGGGAUGGGUGCGGGUCAGGGAGUGAUGGGGAGU